AUGGCAGAUGCAGUAGAGGAGAUCGAAAGAGAUGGUGGCAACCGCGCUGUCAAGGAUCUGUUUGCUGGUGCUGUCGGUGGUAUCGCACAAGUAUUGAUUGGUCAGCCUUUUGACAUUGUCAAGGUUCGCCUGCAGACAACAUCUCAAUACUCGGGUGCAGCAGAUGCUGCUUCUAAGAUCUUGAAGAAUGAGGGCGCAACCGCUUUCUACAAGGGCACAUUAACACCACUGAUCGGUAUUGGUGCAUGCGUAUCCGUACAAUUCGGAGCCUUCCACUACGCCCGCCGUACCUUUGAGCGCCAGAAUGCAGCAAAGAACGGUGGUAUCCUCGAGACACCCCAACCUCUCUCCUACGGCCAAUACUAUGCAGCUGGCGCCUUUGCCGGUAUCGCAAAUACACUAAUGUCCUCACCCAUCGAACACAUCCGUAUUCGUCUGCAGACACAACCCCAUGGAGCAGCACGCCUCUACAACGGCCCCAUUGACUGCGUCAAGAAGCUUUGCGCCCAUGAAGGCGUGCUCAAGGGUCUCCACCGCGGUACAGGCGUGACUUGGCUCCGUGAAGCCCAGGCUUACGGUGUUUGGUUCACUGCUUUUGAAUUUAUGAUGAAUCAGGAUGCUAAGCGCAACGGUAUCGAGCGCAAAGAAAUCCCUACCUGGAAGAUUGCGCUGUACGGUGGUCUGGCUGGUGAGGCCCUCUGGCUCGGAAGUUAUCCCUUCGAUGUUAUCAAGUCCAAGAUGCAAAGCGAUGGCUUCGGAGCCGAGCAAAAGUACAAGAGUAUGCGUGAUACUUUCGCCCAAACUUGGAGGGGCGAGGGCAUGAGAGGCUUCUGGAGAGGACUGGGUCCUACUUUGCUGAGAGCCAUGCCUGUCUCCGCUGGAACCUUUGCCACUGUCGAGUUGACUAUGCGCCUGAUCAGCUAG